AUGGAGAAACUAGCAUUAGCAGUUGUGACAUCGGCAAGGAAACUUCGGCCGUACUUUCAGUCGAAUACCAUAAUAAUCCUCACCACCCUCCCCCUGCGAACGAUCUUGCACAGUCCGAGUCAGUCAGGACGACUCGCAAAAUGGGCAAUCGAACUAAGCGAGUAUGACGUGGAGUACCGCCCAAGAACCUGCGCAAAAUCUCAAGUACUAGCAGAUUUCUUGGUAGAAUUUCCCACGGGGGAUAUGACAAACAUGGAACCAGACUCAACCUGGAUCCUUCACGUCGACGGAUCAUCGUCCAAACAAGGAUCCGGGAUCGGAAUCCAGCUCACGUCUCCGACCGGCGAAGUCUUGGAACAAUCGUUCCGAUCGGAAUUCCAUGUGUCGAACAACGAGGCAGAAUAUGAAGCACUCGUCAUAGGAUUACGAUUAGCCCAUGGGCUUAAGAUCUGCAACAUUCACGCUUACUGUGACUCUCAGUUAGUCGCAAAUCAGUACAGCGGAGAAUACGAAGCGAGGGACAAAAGAAUGGAUGCAUAUCUAAAACUCAUCCAAGACCUCUCCCGAGACUUCAACCACUUCGCCCUCACUAGGAUUCCUCGCUCGGAAAACACUCAGGCGGAUGCCUUGGCCGCACUCGCAUCAAGUUCGGAUUCUGGACUAAAACGAGUAAUCCCCGUCGAGUUCAUCGAACACCCAAGCAUCGGACCACCAGUGGUCGCCAAUCUGAUUCGAGCACAAAUUGAAAAUGCAGAGGAAAUCGAAGACCCACCAGAAGAAAACGUGGAUCAGUCGGAAUACGGCUGCGACAGCCCAUGGCUAGAGCCAAUUCGAGCAUACAUAAUCAACGGAAAGCUUCCCACUGAGAAAUGGGCGGCCCGCAAAAUCAAGACCCACGCCGCGCGAUAUGUAACGGUUGAAGGAGAAAUCUACAAAUGGAGAUUCUCCGGCCCACUCAUGACCUGCGCCGAAGGCAAAAAAGCAAGAAGAGUAAUGGAGGAGGUUCAUUCCGAAUCAUGUGGGAACCACUCCGGCGGAAGAUCUCUCGCCGUAAAAAUAAAACGCCAUGGUUAUUACUGGCCAACUAUGAUCAAAGACUGCGAGAAAUUCGCACGGAAGUGCGAAAAAUACCAAAGGCACGUGCCGACGAUCCAUCAACCCGCAGAAGUCCUCUCGUCCAUCUCGUCUCCGUAUCCCUUCAUGCGAUGGUCCAUGGAUAUCGUCGGGCCAUUACACAACUCAAAGCAGAAACGCUUCCUCCUGGUCCUCACGGAUUUCUUCUCAAAGUGGGUAGAGGCAGAUUCCUACGCAAGUAUCAAAGACGUACAAGUCGAGAACUUCUGGAAGAUACGACUGACCAAGUCGACUCCCAGAUAUCCGCAGUGCAAUGGCCAGGCAGAGACCAUCAACAAAACCGUCCUCGACGGGUUAAAAAAGCGCUUAGAAGCCAAAAAGGGGCGAUGGGCAGAAGAGCUCGAAGGAGUUCUUUGGUCGCAUCGUACGACCCCGAGACGGGCUACGGGUGAAAUCCCAUUCGCCCUCGUUUAUGGAAUGGAAUGUAUGAUCCCCGCGGAAGUAGAAUUUCCCGGAGUACGGAGAAGAUUCCUCCCCGAACGAGAAGAUCUUAACAGCGCAAUGCUGCUAGACGAACUCGAUCUUAUUAACGAGCGGCGAGAUCAAGCUCUCAUACGGAUACAAAAUUACCAGCACACCGCCGCAAAAUACUACAACUCAAACGUUCGCCAUCACAGGUUCAAAGAAGGCGACCUGGUCCUUCGCAAAGUCUUCCAAAACACUGCCGAACGUAACGCAGGAAAAUUGGGAGCAAACUGGGAAGGCCCAUACAAGGUCAUAAAGGUAGUCCGACGAGGAUCAUACCAAAUCGCAAACUUGCAUGACGUCAAGAUCCAAAGAACCUGA